UGACCAACUUAGCGGCUAUCAGCUGGCUAAUCAGAGAAUUGGUGCUUGCUCGUCGCAGCAAGGGAGAACCAUUUUGGAUCUGCUAUCGGCUGGCUGAACGCGCGAAGUGAUUACCGCCCAUGUAUGUUGCUGCUGUUGGAACAGUUAGCCGUAAACAUUGAUUAUGCCAUUGUUGCUAGCAAACUACUAUCAGCAGCAACUACAACAACAUCGCCAGCGGGCUGCUAGCAGAAACGGCAUGUUACUUGAAUACAAAAGCCAUUGCAAUACCACAAAUCGGGCCAGCAACACCAGCAACAGUAUCAGCAACCACAACGACAACUAUAGCGACAACAGCAACGAGCGACAGCUGUUCACAGCGGAAGCACUAACAAUGUCAACGCCAACAACAACUUCGAAAUACAAAAUCAAUGGCGAGGCCACCGAUAGCGUGGCAGCAUCCACACUGCUCUACCAUCAUCCGCACCACAAUCAUCAUCAUUCGCAUCAUCAUCCGCAUCAGCAGCAGCAGCCCCAGCACCAGCAGCAGCAUCAUCAUCAGCAGUUGCUGCUGCAGCAGCAAUUCUUGCAGCAACAUGUUGCUAGCAGCUCGCCGCUGCAACACCUGAGCAAUCUGUUUGGCCAGCAUUUGCCUACCCAGAGUCUUCAGCAUUUGAUAGCCGCCGAGUACUGGCAGCAGCAGCAGCAACAACAACAGCAUACGGCGGCAACAAUUAAAAACGAGCCAACAACUCAAUCAGCGGCUGCUGCAACAUCGGUCUUUAACUUUACGCCGCAGCAACACGUCAAUUUUGCCGCCUCAUUAGUCGCAUUACAGCAAAAUGAUGCUCUGCCCGAGGCCACAAUGGCAGCAGCAACACUCCCGACACCAGCGACAACUGCAGCAGCAACGAUAUCCGCAACAUUGCAGGCGCCUACAAAGGCAGCACACGUUGCGACAGCAGCAGCAACAAUUCAUGACGAAAAUGACGAGGACGAUGACGACGGCAGCAACAUCAGCAACAACAUGCAAAGUGCAGUCGUAAAAAACUUAAAAUUCGAGCCAAGUCAACGAGAUGUCCUAGAUGCUGCCUUGAACGAGGCAAACUUAAGGUGCCCAGCUGAGGACAAAGAUGAAACUUUGACUGCUGUUGACACAAAUAUGCGCGAUGUCAGCGCAAAUCACAGCAGCUCCUUUGGCUCAUCGGGCUCAUCCAGUCCAUCCUUUCGGCUGCCCUCGCCCUGCCAGUCCCCAGACAUCUCGGAACCGGGCGAUGCGAUAGCAGACAAGAAGCUAACGCUCGAAUUGGAGCUGCAAUCGUGUGAUGAAUAUGUUGAGGAGCCAGAGGAUAAAGGAAGAGCUCAGAUUGCCAGCAACAAUGCUUCAUCGCCUCUCCAGUUGAAAAAGGAGCAGGACGAGCAGCCAAGUGCGGAGCAAGAGGGGGAGCCGGAUGACCUGGGACUGGCCGGAGCAGAAGUGGCUCUCUAUGGGCCCUUGAACAAUGCCAGCCAGGAUGUGAGAGAUUUAGAGCAGUGCCUGAAAUUACAGGAUCCAAGUGAUAUCAGCCGUCUGUCGCGCUCGCCGUCGCCACUGCAAUCGAAUGCGUCCGACUGCGAUGACAACAAUUCGAGUGUGGGCACCUCCAGCGACCGCUGCCGAUCUCCCCUGAGUCCUGCUCUGUCCCUGACCCACCAACAGGCCAAGCGGCAGCUGCUGGCCAUGCAGCCCCACCCGGCCCACCACCACCACAACCCGCACCACCUGAACCACCUUAGCCAGUACAAGCAGGAGCAGGACGACUACGAGGAUGCCAAUGGGGGAGCCUUGAACCUCACGAGCGACAACAGCCGCCACAGCACUCAAAGCCCUGCGAACUCCGUGAAGUCGGCAAUUGCCUCCCCGGUACCGGUGGCUCUUCCCUCGCCAGUGGCGUCUAUGAUCUCACCAGUGCUGCCCCCAUCAGGUGGUAGUGCCGUGGGUGGAGCCACUACGCCAACUUCCAUGGCAGCAGCGGCUGCAGCAGCUGCGGCAGUGGCCACCACGGUGGCUAGUGGUAUAUCUCCGCUGCUGGCCAUUCCCGGCAUGUCCUCGCCACAGGCUCAGCUGGCGGCUGCAGGCCUUGGUCUGAACAAUCCCCUACUGGCUGGAUCCCUGUCCCCCCAGGACUUUGCCCAGUUCCAGCAGCUUCUGCAGCAGAGGCAAGUAGCCUUGCAGCAGCAGUUCAACAGCUACAUGGAGCUGCUCAGGAACGGCUCCCUGGGCUUGUCGCCGGAUGACCCGGCCCUGACCACCCAGGUGGCGGCCGCACAGUUCCUAAUGCAGAGCCAGAUCCAGGCACUAAGCCAGGCCACCCAGCAGUUGCAAGCCCUGCAGAAGCAGCAGCAGCGCCAGCAGGAGCUUGAGCAACUGGAGCCACUGCCAUUGAACCAUUCUAAAGUAACUCCUCUGCAGCAGCCGCGAAGCUCUACGCCGCACUCGGCAGUGCGUAGUCCCAUCCCGGUGCGCAGCCCUGCGAGCUCGCCCCAGCAGUUGCACCACGCGCACCACUCGCACCACCACCACCUACCGCUGCAGAUCACACCCCCGAACUCGGCAGCCAGCUUGAAGCUGAGCGGAAUGCUCACGCCCAGCACCCCCACCAGCGGCACCCAGAUGCAGGGCGGCUGUGGCGGCACCACCACCCCCCAGCCCAAGACGGUGGCCAGUGCAGCGGCUGCCCGGGCGGCGGGAGAACCCUCCCCCGAAGAGACCACCGACUUGGAGGAGCUGGAGCAGUUCGCCAAGACCUUCAAGCAGCGCCGCAUCAAGCUGGGCUUCACCCAGGGCGACGUGGGCCUGGCCAUGGGAAAGCUGUACGGGAACGACUUCUCCCAGACCACCAUCUCGCGGUUCGAAGCUUUGAAUCUGAGCUUCAAGAACAUGUGCAAGCUGAAGCCUUUGCUGCAGAAGUGGCUGGACGACGCCGACCGCACGAUUCAGGCCACCGGGGGAGUCUUCGACCCUGCUGCUCUGCAGGCGACGGUCAGCACUCCGGAGAUCAUUGGCCGUCGGCGCAAGAAGCGCACCUCUAUCGAGACCACCAUCCGGGGAGCCCUCGAGAAGGCGUUCAUGGCCAACCAGAAACCCACCUCGGAGGAGAUCAGCCAGCUGGCCGAUCGCCUCGGCAUGGAGAAGGAGGUGGUCCGCGUCUGGUUCUGCAACCGCCGGCAGAAGGAGAAGCGCAUCAACCCCUCCCUGGACAGCCCGACGGGCGCCGAUGAGGAUGAGUCGCCCUACAUGAUGCACUAAGUGGUUGUGGGAGUUUGAGGGUGCUCUCACUUUAGGGACAAACACGGUGCAAUGUGCGAGGUGCAGGCAGUGGUUACAAAUCAAAGGAAGCUUAGCAACACUAUGAGCAGGUUCAAAGUCGCAAACACAUCAAAUACUAGAAUAAUUCAAAACCAAGGCAUACAAUUCUGAAAGUGGCAGACGUUUGUAAAUGGAGUUUGCUUAUGGCUACUAUCGUAUUUAUUGUAUGGUAUUUUUAAAUAAAGUAAACGCCAAAAAGGUAGCUUAUCAAGUAGAGUUAAUAGUUUUACUUGAUAACCAACAUUUUUGAGGUCACAGGGAAGUGGAAUGGCUUGCCAAUAAUAACUUUCCAACCAAUUCCAUUUCCCUGUGGGUGUAUGGCGCAGUGUUAGUUCUAAGGUGUCUUUGCACAGUUUCAAAGUCAACAGAUUGAAUUCCUAGCAAAUCCUAAUAUAGAAAUAAACGUAUAAUUGUUUUAAACUUUACACAAUGAAAGAAAAACCAUCAAGCAGUCUACUCCUAAGUAUAUUUAUUUCGCAUGAAUACUGUGAUAAUCAAUUUGAAUGAUUUUAUUUUUAAUAAAAACAAGAAGCGUAUAAAAGUAACUAAUUGCUAAGUUAACUAACACAAAACAAGAAAAAUAAUUAUAAAUUUAAAACUAUCUUAUUUAUGUGUAAAAAUCAAUUGAAUUUAUAAACAAAUAAUGUAUCGUGUGGCAAAUGAAACUUUUAAAUGUAUAACUUUGAAAAGAUAACAGAAAAAACAAUAAAACGAAGAAAAAAAUAAAUAUAAAAUAAAAUGAA